UUCUUGUAAACCCGGAAGCGGUUUAGGCAGAGGGAAGGUAACGGCGGCUUACGGUUUUUCUCAUUUAAACCCGAGCAUCCCCACCCCAGGUCCUAUACAGGACAACUGAGUGUGACAUUUUUCAGCAUUUUAAGGUCAAUGAAUGUGGAAACAAGACAUAUUCUCGAGAGACAGGUGUGAUUCCUCAACAUAUGUUCCCCUGAGGAAACAACCCAGAGCAGGAGGAGGAAGAGGAUAACAUGGCUGCUCCUCAGGGACAGCUGACCUUCAGUGAUGUGGCCAUAGAAUUCUCUCAGGAGGAAUGGGCGUGCCUGGACCCAGCUCAGCGGAAACUGUACAUGGAUGUGAUGCUGCAGAACUACAGGAACCUGGUAUUCCUGGGGCUUGCUGUGUCUAAGCCAGACCUGGUCACCUUUUUGGAGCACAUGAUGGAGCCCUGGGAGUUGAAGAGAAAAGAGAUGAUAUCCAGCCAGCCAGCUAUGUCUUCUCAAGUUACCCAGGAUUUGUUACCAAAGUCAGGUGUAGAAGUGUCAUUCCAGAAAAUGUUACAGAGUACAUAUAAUGAAGAGAGAAGUCAUCAAUGCAAUGAAUCUCAGAAAAACAUUAACCAAGGGUCAAAUUCUAAUGACCAUCAGAGAACUCAGCUUUCACAGAACAAUGAUAAAUGUCUGAAAGUCUUUGAUAAAAACGCAAAUAUUUUUAUACCUCAGAGUAUUCAUACUGUAGAGAAGACAGAAAGAUUUAGUGAAUGUGCCAAGUCUUUCAACCAAUCAUCAAAUCUUAUUGAACAUAAAAAUACUCAUAUUAUGGAGGAGUCUUUCCUGUGUAAUCACUAUGUGAAAAUGUUUAGUCAGUCCUCUAAGUUAAAUAUACAUAAAGAAAUCCAUACUGCAGAGAAGCCUUACAAAUACAAAGAAUGUGAUAAAACCUUUAAGUGGCAGGCACAUAUUGUUUUACAUCAGAGAAAUCAUGCUGGAGAGAAGCCUUAUAAAUGUAGAGAAUGUCACAAAACCUUCAACUGUUACUCAAGCCUUAUUCUACAUCAGAUAAUUCAUCAUGGAGAGAAACCUUAUAAAUGUAAAGAAUGUGGGAAAGCCUUUAACAAGUGUUCAGGCCUCAUAAAACAUCAGAGAGUUCAUUCUGGAGAGAAGCCUUAUAAAUGUGGAGAAUGUGACAAAGCAUUUAGCCAGUAUUCAACCCUUAUCCAUCAUCAGAGAAUUCAUACUGGAGAGAAGCCUUAUGAAUGUAGAGAAUGUGGGAAAGCCUUUAACCGGAGUUCAAAUCUUACCAAACAUCAGAGAACCCAUUCUGGAGAGAAGCCUUAUAAAUGUAGAGAAUGUGGCAAAGCCUUUACCUCGAGCUCAAAUCUUACUCAACAUAAGAAAAUUCAUUCUGGAGAGAAGCCUUGUAAAUGUAAAGAAUGUGGCAAAGCCUUUAAGAAGUGUUCAUGCCUUAUGAAACAUCAUACAAUUCAUAAUGGAGAAAAACCUAAUCAGUGUAGAGAAUGUGGCAAAGUCUAUAGCCGGUAUUCAACACUUACCCAUCAUCAGCAAAUGCAUACAGGAGAGAAGCCUUAUAAAUGUAGAGAAUGUGGCAAAGCAUUUAUCCAGAGCUCACGUCUUACUCGACAUGAGAUCAUUCAUUCUGGAGAGAAGCCUUAUGAAUGUAAAGACUGUGGCAAAGCUUUUAUGCAGAGCUCACAUCUAACUCGGCAUCAGAUCAUUCAUUCUGGAAAGAAGCCUUAUAAAUGUAAAGACUGUGGCAAAGAUUUUAUCCAGAGCUCACAUCUAACUCGGCAUCAGAUCAUUCAUUCUGGGAAGAAGCCUUAUAAAUGCAAAGAAUGCGGCAAAACUUUUAUCCAGAGCUCACAUCUUAGUCGACAUCAGAUCAUUCAUUCUGGAGAGAAGCCUUAUAAAUGUCGAGAAUGUGGCAAAGCUUUUAGUCAGUGUUCAAACCUUACCGAUCAUCAGAGAAUUCAUACUGGAGAGAAGCCUUAUAAAUGUAGAGAAUGUGGCAAAAGCUUUAUGCGGAACUCAAAUCUUACUCAACAUCAAAGGAUUCAUUCUGGAGAGAAGCCCUAUAAAUGUAGAGAAUGUGGCAAAGCCUUUACCCAGGGCUCACAGCUUACUAAACAUCAGAAAAUUACUCUGGAGAGAAGCCCUAUAAAUGUAGAGAAUGUGGCAAAGCCUUUACCCAGGGGUCACUUCUUACUCAACAUCAGAAUAUUCAUUCUGGAGAGAAACCUUAUACAUGUAGAGAAUGUGGCAAAGCUUUUAGAUGGUAUUCAGCUCUUUCUAAACAUCAGAGAACUCAUAUAGAACAGAAACCCUUAUAAAUGUAGAGAAUGUCAUAAAGCCUAUACAUCAUGUUCAAAUUUUUCUAUCCGUUGGAGGAGUUAUACUAGAGAAAAGGCUUAUGAACAUUAAGAAUGUAGCAAGGCCUGUAUACACUGAUCAGACCUUACCAAAUAUAUGAAAAUGUAUCCCUGAGAUAAGCUUUACAAAUGUGAAGAGUGUGACAAAGCCUGGCAGUGUGACUUUGUCGUUGAGCAUGGACCUAUGAACCAGGAGGUCCAGGCUCGAUCCUCAUUAGGAGGCAUGCAGAAGGCAGCCAGUCAAUAAUUCUCAUCAUUGAUGUUUGUAUCUCUUCCUUCUUUUCCUCUGUCCCUAACAUGAAUAGGAACAUAUUUUUUAAAAAAAGUGUGACAGAGCCUUUAACAUCACAAUAGCUUUACUCAAUACUAAGGAAUUCAUAGUGAAUAGAAGCAACAUAAAUAUAAAGAAUAUGGGAAAACCUCCAACCAUUGCCCAAACCUCAUUAAAUAUUAAAGAAUUUGUACCAAAGAAAAGCCUUACAAAUGUAGAGAUUGUGAUAAUGCCUUUACCCAGUGUUGAAAACUUAGUCAAUAUCACAUACUUUGUUGAAAGUAUAAAAAUAUAAACAAGGUGGUAAAACCUUUAAUCAUUGCUCAAGCCUCAGUGUACUUUAGAGAUUUCAUAGUGCAGAGAAGCCACGCAAAUAUAAAAAGUUCAGCAAAGACUGUUUUCUGCAUUUACAUCUUAACUGACACUUGAGUGUUCAUACUGAAGAAAAACUUAAAAUGUUAAAGAAUAUGCAAACCCUUUAUCUGGACCUAAAGUCUUCCUCCAUAUCAGAGAAUGCAUACUGGAGAAAAAUUCUACCUUUGUGAAAAAUGAUGAAAAACCUUUUCCCAAAAUCGUGUUUCCCGCAGAAUUUGUGCUUGAAAGUGAAUUUAAUCAAAAUUAAAUGUAAAAUGCCAGAGAAUUCACAGUAGAAAGUAAUAAGUUAAUACAUUUUUCAAAUAUGUCUUUAAAUCAGAAUAUUUAUUUUAGAGAAUCCAUUAAGGAAAGCUACAGAACUUUUUAGUAUAAAUCAAAAUGCCAAGGGGAUGAAUUUUAGGACAAAUGUAAUUGCCUCCACUGCAUCCUUUUUUAUUACAACAGAUAUUUGUGACUUUUUGAAAGAAAAGUAUUGCUGUGGUUUAUACCUAAAUUCAUUUCAUGAUUCUUUGAAUGCUUAUAAUGUGUAUUUUGACCAGUGGCAAUAACUGUAUUUGCAGUGCUUACCACCCCCCCACCCAUGCUUUGUUUAGAGUAUGUGUGCACUUAAUAUGUUCAUUUAUAAACUUAAACACUCAAAUACUACUCCAUAUUCUUUAUAUUGUUCUAGGACAUACUCUUUAAUGUAGCAAAGACUUUGAACUUCUCUACUGUAAGUAUUAAGAAAAUUUAGAUUGUAUAUGUAUUUGUAUAAUAAAUGAUAUUCAAUUCACUGGCUUUUUAACUUUUUAUUUAUUUAUUAUUGGGGCAAAAGUUCAUUGUGUCUUGGUCUCACCACUGAGCUAUGAAGUGAUGGCCUUAACUAGUACUCAGGUUCCUGAGGGAUGUCUGAAUAAAUACCUGAAUGUUGUGAAAAUCUAGGAUUUACAUUUUUGUGAUAAUUGCAGGGGCAUUUUGUAUUGUUUAUCUGUGCAAAGCAGGGCCUGACAGUUGGGAAACGGCCGUGAUUAUUAGAGAUGUUCACUAGUCACCAACUGGGAUUAUUGAAAACUGCUGAACAAAUAUGAAAGACGGAAGAGAGGGUGAAAAAGACACAGAUACACCAGGAAAAGGAUGCUCUGGUAUGAGGAGGCAUCUGAGGGAAACAUUAGCCUAAUGAGUGUAUUGAACGCACUGCUUGUGCCUGUACAACAUGAAAACCAAGAAGCUGCAGGCCCAGAGUAUGGGCCCUAAAAAUAAAAUAUUAGUAAAAGUCA